GUAGUCCCGGCGCUACAGCGCGUGGCAGGAAGCGGGGUUUUGCACUGACGUGUCUCUCUCUGUCUUGGCCGAGGUCCUUCACUCCAUCCAGGGCGGAGGAGGUUGGGCUCUGGGAGCCGAUCGCGGAGUCGAGAAGCCGUCGUCAUGGCGAUCAAAUUUCUGGAAGUGAUCAAGCCCUUCUGUGUCAUCCUGCCUGAAAUCCAGAAGCCGGAGAGGAAGAUCCAGUUUAAGGAGAAAGUGCUAUGGACUGCCAUCACACUCUUUAUCUUCUUAGUAUGCUGCCAGAUCCCCCUCUUUGGUAUCAUGUCUUCCGAUUCAGCAGACCCUUUCUAUUGGAUCCGAGUCAUUCUUGCCUCGAACAGAGGCACGUUGAUGGAGUUGGGCAUCUCUCCCAUCGUCACAUCCGGUCUCAUCAUGCAGCUCUUAGCUGGCGCCAAAAUCAUUGAAGUUGGUGACACCCCCAAGGACAGAGCCCUUUUCAAUGGAGCUCAAAAACUGUUUGGCAUGAUCAUCACCAUCGGCCAGUCUAUUGUCUACGUCAUGACUGGAAUGUACGGGGACCCUUCGGAAAUGGGAGCUGGAAUCUGCCUGCUGAUCACCAUCCAGCUCUUUGUUGCUGGUCUGAUUGUCCUGCUGUUGGAUGAACUUCUGCAGAAAGGUUACGGCCUGGGCUCAGGGAUCUCCCUCUUCAUCGCCACAAACAUCUGUGAGACCAUCGUGUGGAAAGCAUUUAGCCCCACCACCGUCAAUACUGGCCGAGGAAUGGAGUUUGAAGGAGCCAUCAUUGCCCUGUUUCAUCUCCUGGCCACACGCACUGACAAGGUCCGUGCCCUCCGCGAAGCCUUCUACCGCCAGAAUCUGCCCAACCUCAUGAAUCUCAUCGCCACUAUCUUCGUUUUUGCCGUGGUCAUCUACUUCCAGGGCUUCAGGGUGGACCUGCCCAUCAAGUCAGCCCGCUACCGAGGCCAGUACAACACCUACCCCAUCAAGCUCUUCUACACCUCCAACAUCCCCAUCAUCCUGCAGUCGGCCUUGGUGUCCAACCUCUACGUCAUCUCACAGAUGCUCUCGGCGCGCUUCAGCGGCAACCUGCUGGUCAGCCUGCUGGGCACCUGGUCUGACACUUCUUCCGGGGGCCCAGCCCGGGCUUACCCAGUGGGUGGCCUCUGCUACUACCUGUCCCCCCCAGAAUCCUUCGGCUCUGUGUUGGAAGAUCCGGUGCAUGCAGUCGUGUACAUUGUGUUCAUGCUGGGCUCCUGCGCCUUCUUCUCCAAAACCUGGAUCGAGGUGUCGGGCUCCUCAGCCAAGGAUGUUGCUAAGCAGCUGAAAGAGCAGCAGAUGGUGAUGCGGGGCCAUCGAGAGACCUCCAUGGUCCAUGAGCUCAAUCGGUACAUCCCCACGGCGGCAGCCUUCGGGGGCCUGUGCAUUGGAGCCCUGUCUGUCCUGGCCGACUUCCUGGGCGCCAUCGGUUCGGGCACUGGGAUCCUGCUUGCCGUCACCAUCAUCUACCAGUACUUUGAGAUCUUCGUCAAGGAGCAGAGCGAGGUUGGCAGCAUGGGGGCCCUCCUGUUCUGAGCGCCUGUGGCCCCCCGCCCCCAACCAGGGACAGGAAAGGAGCUCGGGAUGGCCAAGGACAGGGGCCACCACCUCCCCCUGAGGAGCUCUCAUCCUAGGAUCGCUGCUCGGGCAUGUGGACUUUUGUGGCAAAUGAGCUUUUUGAAUUUCAUAGUCUUUCAUUCCACUUUGUAAAGUGCUAGAAAUUUCCCGGUUUGCAGUUUUUGCUUUUUUUCCCCCACCCCGGUGCUGCCAGGAGGACUAAGGAGGCAACGCCCGGAUCCAUGUUGGGGCAGGGGUGGUGUGUGCCAUCCCGUGUCCAUGUGACUUCUGUUUCCACCUUUCACCUUCUCAAUGCUGUGGUAGAAGCACAAAUCCUGUUGGUGGGUCUGCUCAGUGGUGGCCGUCACGAACCACGCAGGGCAUCCACUUGUGCUGGGCCACGUGGGCGACUUGUGAUCUUGUCUUUACCCAAGGGGCUGUCUAGCAUCCAACUGUCCCUCUGGAAGGCACCAUCAUCCCCCUGAAAAUUUGUUACUGUAGGGCCACUGCUUUCCAAAAUGGGAGACGAAUUUCCCAGAACGCUCACUCAGGUCCCAUCUUCAAUUUCCCCUGUGACCUGAGAUGGAGCAAGUCUGGGAAUCAUCUUGUG